AUGGCCUCUGCCCGCAGCCCUGCCGGAGCGCUCCUGCUGCUCACCUGCGCCAGCCUGAUCGCCGCCAUGGGCCUCGGUGUCCCGGAGUCCGCCGCGCCCGUGGGGAACCAUGCACACCCGCGGCUGCCCGGGACCGAGCUGCCCGCCCCGCCUGCCUACAGCCCACCGGAGCCCACCGUGGCGCAUGCACACAGUGUGGAUCCCCGGGAUGCCUGGAUGCUGUUUGUUAGGCAGAGUGAUAAGGGCAUCAACAGUAAGAGGAGGAGCAGGACCAAGGCCAGGCGGCUGAAGCUUGGCCUGCCAGGACCCCCAGGGCCACCAGGUCCUCAGGGCCCCCCAGGCCCCUUUAUCCCAUCUGAAGUUCUGCUGAAGGAGUUCCAGCUCUUGCUGAAAGGCGCGGUGCUGCAGCGGGAAAGCACGGAGCCCAAGCACUGCACCAGCGACUUCACCACACCAGCCUCGGGCAGCCCCUCCCGGGGCCCGGCCGCCCAGGAGCGUGACAACGACCAGGACCCAGGGGCUGUGUUGGCGCUGCUGGCUGCGACCCUGGCCCAGGGCCCACGGGCGCCACGCGUGGAGGCUGCGUUCCACUGUCGUCUGCGCCGGGAUGCGCAGGUGGAGCGGCGCGCACUUCACGAGCUCGGGGUCUACUACCUGGGUGAGUGGGGGGCGGCUAGCCGGCCCAACGUCGAGGGAGCCUUCCGCCGGGGCCCAGGCUUGAACCUGACUAGCGGCCAGUACACCGCACCAGUGGCUGGCUUCUAUGCUCUCGCUGCCACUCUGCACGUGGCACUCACAGAGCAGCCGAGGAGAGGACCACCGCGACCUCGGGACCGUCUGCGCCUGCUGAUCUGCAUCCAGUCUCUCUGCCAGCACAACGCCUCCCUGGAGACUGUCAUGGGGCUGGAGAAUAGCAGCGAGCUCUUCACCAUCUCAGUAAAUGGUGUCCUGUAUCUGCAGACAGGACACUACACCUCCGUCUUCUUGGACAAUGCCAGCGGCUCCUCCCUCAUGGUACGCAGCGGUUCCCACUUCAGUGCUAUCCUCCUGGGCCUGUGA